AUGUGCUGGCAGUAUUCCGGAGCCAACUCCAAAUCAAGCGUUGAAAUGAAACGACUCACAAGGGUGUUUCUCGAUGAUGAUGAAUACAAGAGGGAAGACAUGAGAGUUUUUGAUGACGUGCAUGAGAAGAGGCUCUUGAAGGAGUAUCUCAAGGACAGAUCUAAUCUGUUCCGCAUGGAAAAUGGCUGGCGCUGCUCUUCGGUAAAAAUACGCCUACCCAAAGAAAAGGUGAAAUUUGCAUCAGAAGAAGCUGCUCCAGAAAUGGAGAUUAUGGGCGUUCAUCACUGCUCCCUCACUGACGUUGUUAGAUCUGUCUUUGAGGACAGUAUCAUGUCAACCUUUCACUUAAUGCCUUUCCGUCAGCGAUGGGAGAUCUCCGAAGGUCACACCAUGAAUGUAUAUAGUGAGGCAUAUUCCUCACCUUCUUUUCUGGAAGCCUACGAGGAGAUCAACGCGCUUCCCCGAGAUCCAGGCGAUAAUCUCGAGCGAGUCGUGGCCUCACUGAUGAUGUGGUCUGACAGUACUCAUCUUGCCAGUUUCGGAGAUGCAUCUCUCUGGCCCUUUUAUCUCUGUUUUGGAAAUCAAUUGAAGUACACACGAGGUAAGCCGACAGCGUCUGCUUGUCAUCAUGUGGCAUAUAUUCCAAAUGUAAGUCCUGUUCGCGAUCUAUCAAGUUGA